ACACACGUACAAUAAACUGCCAUCGCUGCUUGUGUCAGUUCGGAUCGCGCGCAAAAUAGAGUCCAAGCCCGGUGUUGUAUGCUGAUGUGCUGAAAGGUGAAUGUUCUGCUCCGUUUCAUCGUAUUUUGUACUUCAAAGGCUGUCUCAACGGUGUAAGUGUUUCUUGCUCCUGCUGAAGAGUGUCAAUACAUGCCGGCUGCCAGAUGAACUCAAAGCGUAAACCAUUCACCAAACCCAACGAAGCACCAUCUUCCAGCGGACCGAAAAAGUUCCGCGGCGAAGACGAUGAGGAAGAGUUCGAAAGUUACUUCGAGACAGAGCUGGCCAAUUUGGACGACGAUGCAGACACCGCCCGCAUCGGGCUAGGGCCCGAGAAUGAAAACACUUGCGCGAAAUGGAGUCGCCCGGAACCGGUCCCACUCGAUCCCGGUAAAGAUGCGCUCGUUUUUCAGCAAAUCGAUAUCGAUAACUACAUCGGUCAACCGAUGGCCGGUAUGCCCGGUGCACAGAUUGGUCCGAUUCCCAUUAUGCGUAUGUUCGGUGUGACGAUGGAAGGCAAUUCGGUGUGCGCGCACGUGCACGGGUUUCUGCCCUACCUGUACGUGGCAGCACCGCGUGGUUUCACCAAAGCUCACCUGCCAGAAUUCCGUGCCGCGCUCGAUAAAGCCGUACUGCACGAUAUGCGCUCGAACAAGGAUAAUGUGCAGGAGGCGGUGCUGGAUGUGGAGCUGGUGGAACGGCAGUCCAUCAUGGGCUACAACGGGGAGGAUUUGUUCCAGUUUAUACGUGUUACGGUGACGCUGCCGAAGCUGCUUGCGGCGGUGAAACGGUUGCUGGAACGGGAGCACCUGAUGCCAUCGAUGGAUUUCCAGGACUGCCGUGUGUACGAAAGCAACAUCGAUUUCGACAUCCGGUUUAUGGUGGACACCGGUGUGGUCGGGUGCAGCUGGAUUGAAUUGCCCCCCGGCACAUGGAGCUACCGGCAGAAGGGCAAACAUCCGGCACCGGAAACCCGUUGCCAGAUCGAGGUGGAUGUAGCGUUCAGCGCGUUCAUCGCUCACGAACCCGAAGGCGAGUGGGCUAAGGUGGCACCGUUCCGCAUUCUGAGCUUCGAUAUCGAGUGCGCCGGGAGGAAAGGAAUUUUCCCCGAACCACAGCACGAUCCAGUGAUCCAGAUCGCCAACAUGGUCAUCCGCCAGGGUGAACAGGAACCGUUCCUAAGGAAUGUGUUUACCCUGAAAGCGUGCGCACCGAUCGUUGGUGCGCAGGUGCUUAGCUACGACACGGAACAGGAGCUACUGGGCGAAUGGGCCUGCUUUGUGCGCGAGCUCGAUCCGGACAUUCUCACCGGGUACAACAUCAACAACUUCGACGUACCGUACCUGCUGAACCGUGCCAGCCAUCUGAAGGUGAAAAACUUUGAGUAUCUCGGGCGCGUCACCAACAUCCGGUCCGUCAUCAAGGACACCGUCAUACAGUCGAAACAGAUGGGCCGGCGGGAGAACAAAUUUGUCAACUUCGAGGGCCGCGUACCGUUCGAUUUGCUGUUCGUGUUGCUGCGUGACUACAAACUACGCUCGUACACGCUGAACGCGGUCAGUUACCACUUUUUGCAGGAACAGAAAGAGGACGUGCAUCACAGCAUCAUCACGGACCUGCAGAACGAAAGCGAUCAGACGCGCCGUCGGUUGGCGAUGUACUGUCUCAAGGAUGCCUACCUUCCGCUGCGCCUUCUCAACAAGCUGAUGUGCAUCGUGAACUACAUGGAGAUGGCACGUGUGACCGGUGUCCCGCUGGCCUGCCUGCUAACGCGCGGACAGCAGAUCAAAGUCAUGAGCCAACUGCUGCGCAAAUCGAAGGUCGCCGGCUACCUGAUCCCAUCCUAUCAAAGCUCCGGCUCGGAAGAACAGUACGAAGGAGCGACCGUUAUCGAACCGAAGCGUGGCUACUAUGCCAAUCCCAUCUCGACGCUCGAUUUCGCCUCCCUGUACCCAAGCAUCAUGAUGGCCCACAAUCUCUGCUACACGACGCUCGUCCAGCCCAACAUGAAGGACAAGCUGAGCCUCAGCCCGGACCAGCUAACGCACACACCGGCCAACAAUGUGUUCGUAAAGUCGUCCGUUCGGAAAGGAAUUUUGCCGGAAAUUCUAGAAUCUCUCCUAGCAGCACGUAAGCGCGCAAAGGCCGAUCUUAAGGUGGAAACGGACCCAUUCAAGCGAUCCGUGCUGGAUGGCCGGCAGCUCGCACUGAAGAUAUCAGCCAACUCGGUGUACGGAUUUACCGGUGCCCAGGUGGGAAAGCUUCCUUGCUUAGAAAUUUCCGGCUCCGUCACGGCCUACGGGCGGACGAUGAUCGAGCAAACGAAGCAGGAAGUCGAGCAGCGGUACACGGUGGAGCAUGGGUACGAGAACGAUGCGGUCGUCAUUUACGGCGAUACCGAUUCGGUGAUGGUGAAUUUCGGCGUGAAAACGCUCGAGCGUAGCAUGGAGCUGGGCAAGGAGGCGGCCGACUACGUAAGCGCCAAGUUUGUGAAACCGAUCAAGCUUGAGUUCGAGAAGGUUUACUAUCCCUAUCUGCUGAUCAACAAGAAGCGCUACGCUGGGCUUUACUUUACCCGCCCGGACAGGUACGACAAGAUGGAUUGUAAGGGUAUCGAAACGGUGCGGCGUGACAAUUCUCCGCUCGUCGCGAAUCUGAUGAACAAUUGCCUGCAGAAGCUGCUGAUCGAACGGAACCCGGACGGGGCGAUCGAGUAUGCGAAGCAAACGAUCGCCGAUUUGCUCUGCAAUCGGAUCGACAUUUCGCAGCUGGUCAUUACGAAGGAGCUCGCGAAGAGUGAUUACGCCGCGAAGCAGGCGCACGUUGAGCUGGCAAACAAGAUGAAAAAGCGCGAUCCGGGCAAUGCACCGAAGCUGGGCGAUCGUGUGCCGUACGUGCUGAUAGCGGCGGCCAAAAACACGCCCGCCUACAUGAAAGCGGAAGAUCCGAUCUACGUGCUGGAGAACUGCAUACCGAUCGAUGCGAACUACUAUCUCGAGAACCAGCUAUCGAAACCGUUGCUGCGCAUCUUUGAGCCUAUCCUGGGUGAGAAGGCGGAAUCGAUUCUUCUCCGCGGUGAUCACACCCGGACACGUUCCGUGGUCACGUCGAAGGUCGGUGCACUGGCAGCGUUUACGAAGAAGCGGGACGCUUGUCUGGGGUGUAAAGCACUGCUGGCGGCUGGACAGGAGGGUCGCGCGCUCUGUCAGCACUGUGCCCCGAACGAGGCUUCCCUGUACCAGACGGAACUGGCCGCGCAACGUACGCUCGAGGAUCGGUUCUGUCGCCUGUGGACGGAGUGCCAGCGGUGCCAAGGUUCGCUGCACGAGGAAGUUAUCUGCACCAGUCGCGAUUGUCCCAUCUUUUACAUGCGCACCAAGAUCAAGAUGGAGCUGGAAACGCAGGAGAAGCGCGUGACCCGGUUCGGUGUACCGUCGUGGUGAGCAAGCUCAAUAAAACCGGCCCACGGUGCGUGUGUUCGCUUGAGAACUUAAUACAUUUGUUUUGUAUAAUAUUUGUUUUAAUGGUACACAUUUUUUUAAAUAUAAAAUUAAUGCUUUCUUCGACCUAA